CAGGUCUGGAAGGCGCGAUUUCUUACAGCACAGGGUGCGCGUCUCCUACGCUGGGGGCGCGCUCCGUAUGACAGUGUCAGUGCGCGGUACCGUGUUACUCUGGAAGCGCGCACACGUGAAGACAGAAGCGAUGCUCGAAGCUCAGUUCAGGUAAACUGGCGGCUGGCGGAGGGACCUGCUCCUCUGCUGGAGGAUUUUAUAAACGGUGCCUAUGAUAACGGAGUAGAAGCACGAUGUAUUUAUAAACAUAUAAGAGAAAAUGGAAGACAGCAUGAAGUCCCUUAAGAACUAUAUAAUUCCUAAAAUAAAAACAACUGCUGAGAAAGGGUAUCUCGCUCGUGACAUGACCAAUAAGAGGGAAUAUAACGAUAUUCUCAAUAUUUUGAAUGAAGCAAGACUAGACAUAUGCUGUGAACUAGAGUCCUCAUGGAAGUUUGAAGAGCCCAAACUGAUCUGCAAUUCUAAUUUAGAAAAUAAUUUUAUUGAAAAAAGGUCUGAGAUGCGAGAACUUGGAAAAAAAGAUUUCAAAGAACAAUUUUGCUUUCUAGUGGUCCCUAAGGCUGCAGUUGUAGACAUAUGCCAUCAUGGCCUAAGUGUUAAAAGUUCAACCAUCAAAAUGUUAGGGAAUCCCCAGCUAGGAGUAUAUGUCUUCAGACACAUUGAUGUUGCAUUGAAUUAUGCAAAGAUGAAGAAUAGUAAAUCAAACAUCAUUGUGGUAUUUAAGACACUCUUUGGCAGAAUUAAGAAAGUACAGCCAGUUUUGAAUUCUAAGAAAACUCCUCUGGAUCCUGCACCAAACUAUGAUAGCCAUAUGUCAAAAAGCUUAGCAUCUUGGACUGAUUCCUUUGAGAAGCAAACGGCUAAUUCAUUAGUGUAUUUGUAUGAGUAUGAUCUAAAUUGCAAGCCUGCCGACAAACCAAGACAUUGCCUUCCAUAUGCUUCAGUGUCUGCCGCAUUUAUUGAACAGAAGACAGAAACAGGUCCCAUGCUGGCAACAGUUAAACUUAAACCAAAGCUGCUUACUGAUGGUAGUGCUAACUUAAUGAACUGCACAGUAGCAAAACGAAUUGGUAAAGGCAAAGAUGCAAAGAUUGUUUUUGAAAAUUUUCGUACAAUAGAGCCAAAGCCACCUCCAAUGUAUGCACAGCAAAAUGAGUUCCUCCUUUCUUGUUCUGCCAUAAAUCUUCUGUUGGAAAAUCUUUUAUAUGAUAAGCAAUCCAUGGACUCCGCUAUGCAUUUCCCUGAUCACUUUGAUAAAAAGGAGAAAGCUGGAAAAAGAACAGAUGACAUAGAAGGGUUGAGUCCUUCAAGCAUGUUGAUUACAUCUAAAUCCAUAAAAGACCCCAGAAUUAGAAAAGAAGAACAAGAAUUAAAACAUUGUGAUCAGAAAAUAGUUGAUCAAUUGAAUUUUCAGCAUUGCGAGGAAAACGUCAACAAGUCAUUAUCGCUAAGUUUUGAAGAAGCUCGACUUUUUGACAGUUUGAUGGCAAAGGAUAAAGUAAAUAAAUGUUCAUUAUUUAAUGAAUGUGAAAAGGACUAUAAAAUGGUGAUGAAACAAAAUAAGACAGUAGGUCGUCAUUCUCAAAAUUUGUCUGAGAAAGAGGUAUUUGAGGAAAAGCAGCAAAAGUCAAGUAUGCUCUCUGAAAUGGAACAUUCCUCUCUUACACAAGAUAUGUUUCAUGUAUCUAAGUCUUUAUCUGUCACUAACACAGUCUGUGAAAAAGUGGUUAAAAAAGGUCAUCAAUUUUUUAAGAAACGCAAGAAAGAAACGUAUUUCAGUCUUGGGCCAACAAAAUCAGAACUGACAAAGGAAGCUUCCAUUUCUAAACAAAAAAAGAAAAUUGCAGAUGUGAUGGAAUCUAGUGGAUGUAACUCCCUUGAAACAGGUCAUAAACAUAAACCAAUGCAGAGAAAGACAUGCAUUUCUAAUGAUAAUAAAGAGAAAACAGUCAAUAGUAAAAAUAUGGCUGAUGGUUCAAAAUGUGGUAACAAUCCAGAAGAAAAUAUAUUAUCUACUAAUUCUUCAAAAUCAAAUCACACAACAAAAGUUGAAGAGAGGGCACAGACUGGAAAACAUGUCUUUAAAAAGUCACCGAGCAGUCACAAAAUAAAAGGUAAUAAGGUCCAUGGUCACAAAACAAAUGUUGAAAGCCCUGGGAAUUUUAAAAAAACUGCUGCUUCUUUACCUAAAAAUGCCACCGCACCUAUUAAUAAGAUGGAUAUCGGCAAUAUAAAAAGCUUUGUUACAGGUGCAGAUAAAAAGGAAGAACACUCCUUACUUGUGAAACUACAAAUCAAUUCUUGCUUGGAAUUAAAUGAUAUGGAACAUAGUAUUAUUAAAAAGAAGACAACAGCUGAAAAUCAAAUCCCAGAAAAGCUAUUUGCUAAUGUGGAAGAAGAACUACCUUGGUUAAAACAAAAUCUUCCUGACAAUCAGGAACAUCAGUGCAGUAAAACAAUCACUCAUGAUAUAAUACUGGCAAAGGAAGAAAUAUUGAUCCCUCCAAAGAAAACAAAUUCACAGAUAUCUUGUGUUACUUCUGAUGAUAACUUUGAGAUGAGAGAUUUCCCAAUUGAUUACAUGGAAUUUCAGAAUGAAACUGUUUGCUGUCAAGAACUGGUUUCUUUGAAAGUGGGUUCCCUUAAAGAAAGUGAAGAGACAGUGACAGCAAAAACUCCAGAGAUUAAUCAAAGCAAAACAACAGAUUGUUGCGUAGAAAGUAUAUCCUCUAUGCAUUUGAAAGAACUAGCAUUUGAGCAUCAAAUUUCUCAUGUACUUUUACCUGAAAACAAAGUUGUUAACCAGCACUGCACAACAGAUGAGAUUUAUUUGUUUGAUAUGGGUGAUAUUGGCAUACCUACGGAAACCAGCAUUUUAAGUGUGUCUGAAAACUUAACACAUUUGUGUUUCCAGAGUUAUGAAACAGAAAUAGGGUAUGAUGGAGAUUUACUUAUUGAGGAUAUGGAAAUUGGAAGUGAGACUGAAAUUCCAUCAUUUGAAACCAUGAAUGAACCAAAAGCGCAAUUGCCAAUUCAUUUAAAUAUAUCUUUAAACAUGUUGCUUGAUGAUUUUGAUUGUAGCCACUUGGAAAACCGCAUAGACUGGAAUAGUCUCUUUGGACUGGACAGUUCCACAACGUUAAUGGAAGAGGAUGUAGUGCCACAAUUUCACAAAUCACCUCUCCAAAAAUGUGGGCUUUAUAAAUGUGAGAGUGAAAAGAUAAUUUAUUCUGAUUUACAAAUAACAGUAAAAAACUAUAGUAAACUGGAUGGUAACCACACCCCUGCUUGCUGUGAUUAUGUUGUAAAACAACUUCCAUAUGAUGACGUACUUUCAUCGCUGAAGACUACUGAGAACACAAUUUUGAUGGAUAGCAUUAAAAGCAAAAAUAAUGCUGCACCUUUGAUUGAUUUUAUACAAGCACCUCAUGAAAAUGUCAACAUAAAUGCAUCUGAUUUAAGCUUUUCUUCUUGUACGUCAAAUAACACACAAGUGACACAGAAAGCAAAUGACUCGUAUGCCAACGUAGAACAAGAUUUUAAAUGUCACAUAGGGGCAAAUAGUGGCCAUAGUAAGACAGAUAAAGGAGGCAAACUGAAGGGCUGUACACAGCAGAAGACCAGGUCUCCUGACAAAGGUUCAUCUGUUUCAUUAAAUGUAUGUGCAAUUUUAGAAAAGGCAGAUAAAACAUCUUGUGUAAAUGUAUUGCAGGAAUAUAAAUUAAUUUGUGAGAAAAUGCUUCCCAGAUUUAUAAAUGCUUUUAAAGAUAAGCAGCAUUGCCCAGUCAAAGAUGUCAUGGUUAAUCGGAAGUUUUUGCUUGAAAGAAACCUCAAAGCAGCCUUUAAGUAUCCCUUAAAACCACAGGCUAUAGAGGCAUUUAUUGAAUUACAAAUGAUGAUGGAAACCAAACAAUUCAUAGAAAAUAGAAUAUACAGUCUUAAAGGUGAGCCCACAUUCAGAAGUCUCUUGUAUUAUGACAGCUCUCUCUACCUUGAGUUACUUGAUGGAGACAGGGGAUACCAACAACAGUCCAAUUUUUAUGUUGGAUUUCAACAAAAGCUAAAAUGUGAUCCUCUUGUUACUCUGGAAAACCACCAUGCUCAACUUUGUGAUGUUCUUGAGAAAAUUCAUGAAAAAUGCAGAUCAUAUUAUGUCCUCCUUAAAUACCGGAGAGAAGUUGAGGAAUGUGAAGCUGUUUUAAAGAACUCUGCUGAUCAUUUGGAUUUUUGUCUCUCAGUCCCCUUAUCUUGUGGAGUUCAUACUGGGGACACAUUAGAGGAGUUAAAAAACUUGCAGACAGGAACUUUAGAGCUUAUUAAAGCCUAUUAUAAUCUUCCAGAUUGUGAUGCUGGAAAACAAGAACAUGCACUGUGCCUUUUAGAAUUAAUCUGUGCAAAAAUUGAUUAUAUUCAGACCUCAGAGUCUUUAAACACUGAACUGUCACUUUUUGGCAUUGAACACUUAUUGUUUGAUGCAGCCAAAAGCACCAUUUUGAAGGAGAACGCAAGAUCUUCUAAACAGAAAAAAAUACCCUCACUAAUUUUGGAGUCUAUCCACAAACUGAACCAUUUUGCCUUAUUAAAAUUAUAUGAAGUCUAUGGUACAUGUGUUGAAGAAACCACAGUCAUAAAAACUUCUGGUGACAAACAGAAAAAAUACAAAGAGUCAAACUUUAAUCCAGAGUUUAACAGCGGGGAAGAUGUAUAUUAUGUUGGGAAAAUCAUAGACCAAGCGCGAUGUGCAGACACUGCAUCAGUGAAUCAAAUGAUUGCUGGCUGUAAGAAGCAUUUAGAAGCUCUAAAAAAAUAUUUUCAGAUAAUGCAAGAAUGUGAUGCAGAUGAAGUCAUAAUCACAGAGAAUAAUGUUUUUGAUGCAGCUAAAAAAAAUACUCAGCCUGCAAUACUUCUAAAACCAGAGGCAAUAGAAAGCUACAUUGAUAUUCUCAUGGCUUAUGAAACUUUACAUUUCCUGAAAUGUUUAAAGGCUUCCAAAAAGAACAAAAAGAGAUUCAGAGGGCUCCUGUGGUUUGAAAAAUCUCUCCUUCCUGAAUUAAUUCUAUCCCAAAACAGAAUUGGAUCAUAUCUUAAAGCAAACUUGAAUUCUGAUGUCAUAGAAGUCAUAAAUAGUAAUAUAUAUGAGAUUAAGACAGAGCUUGAAAUAAUAUGUGACUAUUCAGAUUCAGUCAAUUAUACCUAUGCCCUUCAGAUAAUGACACGGGAACUUUCAGAGCUCUCAGAACUUAAAACAUUUGUUUCAAAAUCCAGGUUUGCAAUGCAAUCCUAUAUCCACUUUUCCCCACAUAUUGCCUCUCUGCACUAUGGAAGUACUUUGGUGGAUCUUGAUCAUAACUACAACCAGUUUUCUGAUCUGCUAGGGCUUUUAAUGUCCUGUCCAAAGAAAGACUUGGGAAAAAUUGCCCAAACAAUGAAAAUCAUGAAAACUAUUGAGCUUAUGAAACAAGCCACUUCCAGGUCAGACACUUCAGCAUUUGGUGUAUGUUCUUGCCAGAUCAUGGAGAACAAAAGAAAACGUGAACACCUACAAGAUAAAGGUGAUCAAUGUUAUUGGAUGCUGAACACAAAGAAAAGACCAUCAUUGGUUCAGGAUGAUCAGACAUAUUUUACGAGCCCCAAAAAGCGAAAGGUGGUGAAUUCCCCUCCACAUGAUUCAAAAGGAGAGCAAGAAAAAAGCAAACAGAAAAGCAACACAAGGAUAAAAAACAAAGAUCACAGUAAUGCAGCUGAGAAACAAUGCAAGAAGUCUGAAAAGACUCCAAAAGAUGUAACAGGUGUAGAAAUAAAAGAUCAGUCUUCAUCUAUUAAUGAACAUACAUUUCAAAAAAAUGAUGGAUUGUCUUCAGUCAAAGCAAUAGUGUUAGAACAUGCCAAUGAUAGAGAAGUUAAAAUAAAAUGUUCCACUGAUGACCCAGUAAAGGAAGUCCUAAAUGAUUCACAUCUUAAUCUGCACACAAAAAGUCAACUUCAGGUACCAGAUAAAAAUGUAAAUGUUAUAUCAGAACACCAGUCUCUCUCUGAUCAAAAUAAGAAAAACACUGAUGUAGUAUCUCAAACAGCUGAACAGAAAUCUAUUCUUAAAAAGCUGUAUUUUUCAGGCAAGCAAAAGAAGAGCAAUAAUGUACACUUUGCUGACAUAUGUUCAUUAGACACAAGUCCUACGAUGGAACAGAAAAAUGAAACGGCAACUCCCAUUACUGAAGCAAAAGACAAGAAGAAUGAACCAUUGGUACAGCAUAAUGACCCAUCCAGUUGUAGUGAUUUAAACAACAGCCAUUCUCAGAGCUUUACACAGAUGACUGGCACAUAUUCCCAGCUAUCCAGCUGCCUCUACCCUUGGCAAUAUUAUUUACAUUACUGGUAUCAAAAUAGCAGUAACACAGGUGUAAUGACCCAGCCUUACCAAGGAAUGCCUUACAAUACACAGCAAUUCAUGCCAUAUAAUGGGACAUCCUUAUUCACUACCCAGAAUCCUUAUACUGGUAACCAGCCUUAUCCUUACCCAAACAGCCAAGUUCCGCCUCAGAUGUUUCAGACAACAGAUGCACUUAAAGCCACAAUGAAUUACAGUUACCCAGAUCCACAUUCUGCAUCACAAGAUUCCGUGCAGGCAAGAUAUGCUUAUGAUGCUACACCAACAGGAACAUGGUCAUGGGGUUCUUGGUAACAAGAUUUCCUGUCCUUCAUCUUGCUGAUAUUCUCAUCACUGGAAAAGAACAAGUUAAUACAUCAUUCUUCCGAAUUACUGAAACGACAAGAUUGCACUUAAUGUAGUGAAUGGUGAAACAAACUAUGUGUAAUGUGCUCUGUUGAUGGGGUUAGCCAUAGCUUAUUGUACCUUGUUGCUGUGAAAUUGUGUGUGAAUGUGUAAAUGUAGUAGCAACAGUACAGAUAAAAAAGGUACCUAGUGUCACUAGUGUGUUUUUAGUUAGGAGAAGGGCCUGGAGAGCAAAGGUACACUUCCAGAAACACCUGUCUUUGCAGUUUAUACUAUUUUAAUAUUUACCUAAUUUCUGACAAAACUUUACAAAAGUUGGUAUCUUGUUGGUAUCUUACACUACACAUUAUAAUGAUCCACAUUUUAAUGCCAAAAAUGCUUCAUUUUAAUUAACAUUGGGAGCUAUAAUUGGUUUUAUUUUUUUCAAAUAAAGCCAUAUUUUUUCAUUCAUUUAGGCUAUUGGAAAUGCAGGUAGUGGCAGCAAGUGUUUGAGUGGUACUGUCUGUAAGCACUAUGUCCGCCUUAGCCUUAGGCAGCACAUUUCCCACACAUGUAUAUGGAAAGCCCUUAGGCAUAUUCAUAAGCUAAUAGCAGCUAUCCUACUGAAAACUUAGGAGCCAGAUGUCCCAAUGCAUUUACUUUUUUUGCCCCAGUAAAUUCAGUUACAUCUGUCGUAGUGAUCAUUUUAUAUAAAGAGAAUAUCACUCUGAACUUUGAGUUUUACAAAAUAUUUGGUUAUAACUACUAAAAACAUUGAUUAAUACAGGAACCAAAUUUUGCUUAUAAAAUUGACUACAAUUUCUAGUAUUACCCACUUUCCUAAAAAAAAGGAACUAUAAAUGUAUAUUUUCUCUCAGUAAGCAAAGUGGCAUCUGCCACUAAAAACAUAACAGAAAGUGUUCAGUGAACACAUUAAGCCCCUGUUCCCAACUGCCCAUAUUAGAAACAAUCAAUAAACUGCACUGUUUACAUAAAUGUGAGCGAAAUAGCUGUAAAAUAAACAACAUGGUACACAUACAGGGACAGUGCCUCCAUUUAUCUGUGGGUUUUUUUUUUACAUAAAAUGGUAUGGUGCAGACUUCCAUCAGGAGAAUGUAAACUUUACUAUGUGUGCUUUCAAGCUGAUCUAAUCUUCUGUUUUUGGGUAUUGUAAAAAAAAAACUAGACUGCAUUUGUGACUUUUUGUAAUUAUGCUGGAGCCUGUACUUAAGUACUGCUGGAUAAAACAAAACAUGUAUUAAUUUAUUUAGGUAGCCUUUCAUGGUCAUGUGAUGUCUAACCAACACAUCAUUUCAGUACUUGGUGUAAGGGAAAAGAUCAAAAACUUUCCCCUGUGUCAGUGAUAGCACUGUCUGUAUCACGACAUAAGUAUAUUUCUAUAACUUCUUGAUUGUGUGUUUUUAAACUAACUUAAAACUUAUUUGAUCACAUCUGUGAUGUUACUGUACAUUUCUAUUUUAUAUUUAUUCAUAAUUGCACAUUAUUUAUAUUACUGCACAUUAAUAUCUAGCCAUUUGAUUUACUCAUUUUUUGUCGUACAUUCACAAGGGGACUCACUUUACAUGUCAUAUUUAUUGGUAUCUCAUUGAUUAGUGUUGGAUAGCAUGACACUGGGUGAAUUCUGUGGCAUUACACUUGAAUUUCCUUUAUAGAUAUUUUUCUAAUAUUAACCAUAUCUUUUCCCUGCAUCUGUCACAAUCACUUUGAGCUACCCUAUUAAAGUAAGAAAAAGAAAACCCUUCUGUGGACCAUGAUACCAGUUUUACUUUUGGACUCUUUUACUGCUUAUUUGCUCACCAUGAAGAAAGAAGUGUGCAUAGGGUUUCUUAAGUCAAUAAAGGAUGAUGAAAGCAAAAUGUCACUGCCUUUGAGGGACUGUGCUCUCAAGCCUUGACUGUAAGGAAAAAUAGUGCUCAUGUAAUGUUUUCCCUGUUUAUAAUAAAAACUGACACCUGGAUUAGAGAAUAGAGUAAACCAAAAAGAUGCAAUGCACAAAUUACCACUCUGAUUUAAGGCAUUAUCAAGGCUUCUGAACUGAUUUCCGGUAGAGAAGUAUGUUCACCUAAAAAUUGAAAGAAAAGCAAUGUGGAUGGAAAGUGCCUCUUCAAAGCACUGCAGGAACAGGCUUUGGUACAAAACCUCUUAUGUUCAGUUCAGUUCGCAAGCAUUGUAUCAGGAAUUUGAGAGUUGUAGCUUAGCAACAGCCUCACAACACGGAAAUUAAUAAGUGGCACAGUUAUACCAUGACCAGGGAAGAAUAUUUAUUUUGAGUACAAACUAUUCUCUUUGUUUAUAUAUAUAUGGAAGGAAGCUGCCAAAAAAUUCUUGCAUUGCAGAGGCAAUCUCUAAACGUACGUAGAACUGUUCAUCUAGUUGUUAUUGUUAGAUUGCAGUGAUUUAGUAAUGGCUAUGUAGAAUGUCUCUGCUGGGAUAAUUUACAUUUGCUUUGAAACGUAAGCAUAUUUAUAUGCUUUAUAUUUUUGACACAUGCAUGGAAAAUACCAUGAAAAAUAUCUCAACCGAACAUUAUCCUUUCAUGACAAUUAGUAUAUAAUAUUUAACUGGUUUCCACAUUACAGUCCUGCCUCUUACAUGGAUGGCUCAUUAAUAGCAUACACUGAUGUGUUGGUUUCCAUAACAAGUAUUGUCUUUACAUCUUUGUAUUUCUACUUUAUUACUAUUGCUGCAGCAACAACAAGUUUUAUAAGUAUUGUUUGUGUGGGUUUCUAAUUCAGCUUUUUAAAGUUUUACUAUUUCUGCAGUAUUUCUUUUUCAUAAGCAAAGUUAACUUAUUUUCUUACUUUUGUACCAUUUCUAUGAGAGAAAAAAAAUUAAUCUCAGGUUACUGUAGUAUAGCAAACUGUGUUGUUUGGUAACUGUUUUUGUCGAAAGGUGACUUGUUGUGAAUUGUAGCUUUGUUGUUGUAUUAAAGUAACACUGUUACCAGAA